AUGAGAUUCGCCGUACUAUCGUCAAUCGCUCUACUCCCCGGUCUACUGGCUCUUCCCACCAAUGUCAACCAGCUGAAAAUCCGAGACGAUCAGACCGAUAACAUCGCUUCUGCCGUUACCAUUACCGAAACCCUGAGUUCAGAUUUGCAGACUAUCGUCAAUCGUAUCAAAGCGGACCCUCUGACAUCAUUAUCAGUAUACGUCGACAACUCCCAUACUACCACAUACAACAUCCCUUCUGAGCUUUCGAAAGCUUUCGGAACUGCCAUCUCCGGUAUCGAAAGUUUACCUGAUCUACUCAGUUCCAGUGACCCUACUCAAGAACUGUUAGACGAUUAUGGACCACUAGUCAAAGCUGUGACGCUCAGUGUCUUCUAUACCCUGAUAGAUCUUAAGUUGUUAAGUCAAGACACGAUUGGUAUAUCCAUCCCGGGCUAUAAGGAGUUUACCAAUGAUUUUGAUCAACAAUCGUUUGAAUAUACCAAAGCCUUGAAUGCUCAGUACACAGGACUCAUCGAUGAGCUGGCUACCAGUGUCGGUGAAGAUACACCAUUAGGUCUGGCCCUCCAGGCUAUCGGAGGUCAGACAUUCUAUCUCAUCUUCGAUCACAUUAAUGCUUCUUAG